CUAUUGUGGUUGCUAUAAUAUACAGAUAGCUAACAAUGACCACAUACUUCUUCUAGGUAUUUAUUCUCUUUUACUUUUGUCUCUCCAGGUCAAGGACCAAGAGUUCCCAUACAGAAAAAAUCUUGCUCGUGUUCUGAUAGAGGUGGAAGAUACAAAUGAUCAUGCACCCUUUUUUACCAGUGCACUCUACGAAGGCUUAGUUUAUGAAUCAGCUGCAGUGGGAUCAGCUGUAGUGCAGGUUACCGCUCUGGACAAAGACAAAGGCAAGAAUGCUGAAUUACACUACUCCAUUGAAGCAGGAAACACUGGCAAUGCAUUCAACAUUGAGCCAGUUCUUGGUAUACUUCGUGUUGCACGUCAUUUGGACUUAUCAAGCAUCGGACACUAUGUUCUGAGUGUCAGAGUCACUGACAACGGCACCCCUGCCCUGUCUGCUACCACGAUAGUGCGGAUUACCAUCACUCUCUCAGACAAUGCUGGUCCAAGGUUCCUUCAACCUGAAUAUCAGACUGAGAUCAGAGAAAAUGCCAUUAUUGGGACCUCUGUCACCACAAUCAGUGCUGUCAGCCAGUCGACCCUCACUUUUGAUAUCAAGCAAGGAAACAUAGAACAAGUUUUUCAGAUUAAUCAAUAUAGUGGAGUCAUUACAACUCAAAAACCUCUGGAUUAUGAAAAUAUAGCUUCUUAUAGUCUUGUAGUGCAAGCUACCAACAUGGCUGGGAUGGCCUCCAAUGCUAGCUUGUUAAUUCAGAUAUUGGAUGAGAAUGACAAUCCACCUGUGUUCCAACAGCAUCACUACCGCGGCAGCAUUUGUGAGCUAGCACCAGUCAACAGUGUGGUCUUGAAUUCAGAAAACCUCCCUCUAGUGAUCAAAGCUUCUGAUGCUGACUCCAACCAAAAUGCUCUGUUGGUCUAUCAGAUUGUUGAGGAGACUGCAAAGACGUUCUUCACAGUGGACUCAGUAACUGGCUCCAUUAGAACCAUUGCUAAUCUUGAUCAUGAGACAUUUUCAGCUUUCCACUUCCAUGUUAAUGUGAGGGACAAUGGUAAGCCACAACUUAUAGCAGAUAGUCCAACUGAGGUGACUGUACAAGUGAUGGACUCAAAUGAUUCACCUCCAGUCUUCAAACAGAAUACUUAUGAAACUGUUCUUCUACUUCCCACCUACACUGGAGUCGAGGUCCUGCAGGUAUCAGCUACAGACCCCGAUACUGAUAUUCCUACAGAUCUUACAUAUUCUUUGGCUGAAGGAGUGUUGGAGAAUUUUUCCAUCAAAUCCUCCAGUGGGAUUAUUGUUGUCAAAAACAGCAACUUCUCCAAAGAGCUUUUUCGCCUAAGUGUCAGAGUUUCAGAUGGAAAAUUUUCCACCACUGCUUUGGUAACAAUAAUUGUCAAAGAGGCUCUGGACUCGGGUCUAAGUUUUUCCCAGAAGGUUUACGUCUCAUCUAUUAAAGAGAAUGUGUCAAAUAUCUCUAUAGUGGCUGUGGUCAGUGCUGUAGGAAAUCGCCUCAACGAGCCAUUGCUGCACACUCUCCUGAAUGCUGCCACAAGGUUUACCAUUCGUCCAACAUCUGGUGUUAUCCAGACCACAGGAAUACCCUUUGAUCGAGAAGAACGGGACUUCUAUGAACUGAUUGUGGAAGCAAGACGUGAGCAUGAUCAUCAGCAUGUUGCCAGAGUUCUUGUUAAAGUUCAUAUAGAAGACAUAAAUGAUAACCCCCCCAUGUUUGUUGGACUUCCAUAUUAUGCAGCUGUUCAAGUAGAAGCUGAGUCAGGUUUAUCCAUUUUCAGAGUCUCCGCAGUGGAUGGUGACAAAGGUAUUAAUGGAGAGGUGACAUACUUUCUCAAGGAUGAUUAUGGCCACUUUAUGAUGGACCAACAGACAGGCACCAUUAGCCUGAAAAGGACUUUUGAGUCAGAUUUGUCCAAUGUGGAGUACCAAAUAGAGAUACAUGCCAAAGAUUGUGGUGACCCUCCCCUGUCAUCUACCAUUACUUUUCCCAUCACUGUUGUUAACAAAGCUAUGCCUGUCUUUGACAAAUCCUUCUACUCUGUUUCUGUGAAUGAAGAUUUGGAUGUUCACACACCGAUUCUCGGUGUCAAUGCAACCAGUCCUGAUGGACAAAACAUAAUCUAUACUAUUGUUGAUGGAGAUGCGUCUUUUCAGUUUGGUAUUGGAUUUGAUACCGGAGUUAUAAGUGUAAUUAAUUCAUUGGACUAUGAAGAAACUCCAUAUUAUCGCCUGACCAUCAGAGCUACAAACUACCUGACUGGCUCCCAUGCAGAAGUUGAUGUAGAUGUUCUGGUCCAAGAUAUAAAUGAUAACCCGCCUGUCUUUAAAGAGAUGUCCUACAGGAUUGUUUUGUCUGAGACUGUCAUGAUCGGAACUCCAGCCCUUCAAGUUAUUGCCACAGACAUGGACUCUGAGAAGAACAAUGUUGUUGGCUAUCAGAUAUUCUCAAAAGAGCAUAACAGCACAGAUUAUUUUCACAUUGAUAGUAGCAGUGGGUUAAUUCUUACAGCAAGAAUCCUAGACCAUGAACUAGUCCCAGAGUAUGACUUCAUUGUCAGGGCCACUGAUAAUGGUUUUCCAUCACUAAGCACUGAAGUGUCAGUGACUGUUCUUCUAAAAGACAUGAAUGACAAUCCUCCAGUUUUCAACCAGCUUCUCUACGAGGCAUAUGUGAGUGAGUUAGCACCAAAGGGACACUUUAUAACCUGCGUUCAGGCCUCAGAUGCUGAUAGUUCAGAUUUUGACAAGUUGGUGUAUAGCAUUUUGUCAGGAAAUGAAAGAAUGGAUUUUGUGAUGGAAAGAAACACGGGAAUCAUCAUGUUGUCCAGCCACCUUAAGCAAAGAAUGGAGCCUACUUACAACCUCAACGUUUCAGUGUCUGAUGGAGUUUUCACCAGCACAGCUCAGGUUCACGUUAAAGUGUUUGGGGCCAACCUGCAUGAUCCAGUGUUUGAACAGAAGAUGUUUGAGGCAGAGCUAAGAGAAAAUUCUGCUGUGGGAACCAAUGUAAUUCAGGUGAGGGCAACGGAUGCGGACCCUGGAGUUUAUGGCGACAUAACUUAUUCUUUUGUUAACGAUGUGGGUAACGACCUGUUUAGCAUUGAUGCUAAUGGUCAGAUAAGCACAAUAGAAAAACUUGACCGUGAGGACCCUUCCAACAUGGACAUUGUUCUUACAGUGGCAGCUCAGGAUUCAGGGGGUCGUGUUUCCUAUUGCACAAUCCAUCUUACUAUCUUAGAUGAAAAUGAUAAUGCACCCCGCUUUAGUGCUACAGAGUACAGAGCUACGCUCAAAUUUGAUGUAGCCAAGGGCUUCUUCGUCACACAGAUUCAGGCUCUUGAUCCUGACUAUGGCACUAAUGCCAAAGUAACAUUUUCACUGUACAGUGAGGCACGGAUCCCUGUAGCAGACAUUUUGGACAUAGACCCAGACAGUGGUUGGAUGGUUACCAAAGGCAGCUUCAGCCACUUGAGAAACUCAGUAUUAUCAUUUUUUGUGAAGGCUGUAGAUGGAGGAAAUCCAGUUCGGCACUCUUUGGUCCCUGUCUACAUUCAUGUUCUGUCUCCGGAGGCGUUCAUUCCUGACUUCAUGCAGCACCAUUACUCAUUUAGCAUACUAGAGAAUACACCAGUAGGUUCUGUCAUUGGAAGGGUUCACCUCAAGAUUUCUCAUGGAUAUAACCCACAUUCAGUUAGCUUUACCAUUGUUAAUGGAGAAAGUAGUGAAACUAAUCUAGAUGGAGUAUUUUUAAUAGAGAAAAAUACAGGAGUGAUUAAACUUGAUAAGCCCUUGGAUCAUGAGGUGAUGAAAGGAUUUAGUUUUAAAAUAACUGCCACUGGACACCAGAGUAAGUUGAAUGCUGUGACGUCUGUUGAUGUCGAGGUCAAAGUUUUAGAUCUAAAUGACAAUAAACCAGCCUUUGAGACCAACUCUUAUGUGACGACAGUUAUGGAAGGAAUGACAAUUGGAACCAGAGUCAUUCAGGUCAAAGCUCAUGACCCAGACUCAGGAGCCAAUGGCCAAGUAACAUACAGGCUUGGGACAUUAAUCCAGGCGGAGGAAAACUCCGACGCAUUGGUGCGGACGUUUAGCAUCGACAGUAAUACUGGCUGGAUUGUCUUAUGCAAAGAGCUCGACCACGAGUCCAAUCCGUCCUACAUAUUCACAGUUGUAGCAUCAGACCUGGGAGAGACCCUGUCUUUUUCCAGUACCAGCACAGUGACAGUAGCAGUGACAGACAUAAAUGACAACCCCCCCAUUUUCAUGGAGAGCCAUUACUUCAGUUCAGUCCAGGAGAGUGGCCCCCCAGGCGAGGUGGUGGCUGUUCUGAACACGAAGGACAACGACAGCUCUGCUGUUAACCGGCAUGUCAGCUAUGUCAUAACUGGUGAGUAGUGAAGCAGGCAUAAACAACAAAACACUCCAUGAUUCCAUACUGUUAUUCUAUCAUGCAAGUGUACACACUUUACAUUCUAAAUUUUGAUGUUUCUGAUACAUAUGUAGGCCUUUUGGGGUGUACCUAUUUUUUUUUUAUAACUGUGUGAUCUGCACAGUUUGCUGAGGUCCUACAGCAGCAGUUAUGGUUAUAUUAGUUGUAUAUCGUAUAGACAUGGUUAUAUAUUAUACCUCUGUUAGCAGAGGUAUAAUAUAUGUCUUAUUAGGUGUAUAUGUAUUAGGGCUGUAUAAAUAAAUAAAUAAAUUGAUUUGGCGAUAUAUAUCGAUAUUUCCGCCCUCAGAAAGUAUCGAUUUUUCAUCCGCGAGUAUCGAUCCGUUAAACCAUAGGGGUCCAUAGCCUUAUAGCUAUUUUUAACAUCUAGUUUGUUACGGCAUAGCAGCAAGACUCCGCCUCCCUCAGUCUAACUUUCAACUUGAGCUUUAAGUGCACAUUAUAAACUACACACCAG